AUGAACAACGAUCCAAUAGCAACAACAACUACUGAAAAGGCACACGAAUCAUUGUAUGGACUUAAACAGACAGCAUCUGGUCUCCAUCAGAAUUCGACCCAACAAACCAAUCCAAACCAAAGCUCAAAUGAUCCCCAGCAGCAUCAGCAGCAGAACGGCAGUGCUGCCGGUUCCUCAGACAAUCCGGCGGGGAAUAAUCCGCAUGUACAACAGAAUGGCCAAACUAACGAUCACAGUAAUUUUCCUACAGCGAAUGGUGAACUUUCGGGUUACUAUGCGCCACGACACCCGGGACAGGGUGCCCUAAUGGCACCGCCCGGUUUCCCACCCUUACACUAUCUCAACAAACCCGUGCUGCCAGGUCUCAACGGCAGCAUGGAUCAAAGUGCGGCCAAUGGUCCCUCCAACGGUUUAGAGGGUUACACCUUGCCUGAACUAUUACCCGGACAAAAUGGCUCUGCAAAUAGUAAUAACCAGCAGAAUGGCUCUAAUCACAAUACAUCAACCUCCAAUGGCACCGGCGGACGUCAUCCCACCUCUAGCAGCAGUAACAAUUCGUCGGGCAGUCAUAAACCCCCCAAACCACACAGUGAUCUAAGGCUAUUCAAGUGUCUGACCUGCGGCAAAGAUUUUAAACAGAAAAGCACCCUACUGCAGCACGAUCGCAUACACACAGACGCCCGACCCUAUCCAUGUUCGGAGUGUGGCAAACGCUUUCGCCAGCAAUCGCAUCUGACGCAACACUUACGCAUACACGCCAAUGAGAAGCCCUUUACGUGCGGUUACUGCAAUCGAGGCUUUAGACAGCGGGCGAUACUGAAUCAACAUGUUCGCAUCCAUUCGGAUGUCUCACCACAUCUCAUCUUUAAAAAUGGUCCUCAUCCCACGCUAUGGCCGCAAGAUGUACCCUUUCCGGGCGAGGAGAAUGAUACCAAAAAUGGUAUUGCCGGCGAUGGUUAUCAUGAUGAAGAUUCUCAAGGUGGCCAAGAUGGUGGUAUACACUAUCCUUCAUACUUUAAAGAUGGUAAAGGUCAAAAAAUCUUACCCGAUGUUCUGUCACACAUUGGCAUCCGUCCGGCUAAUAUGCCACUGUAUGUACGUUGUCCCAUUUGUGAUAAGGAAUUCAAACAGAAGACCACUCUACUACAGCAUGGUUGCAUACAUAUCGAAUCGCGUCCUUAUCCAUGUCCCGAGUGUGGUAAACGUUUCCGUCAGCAGUCGCAUUUGACGCAGCAUCUACGAAUACAUACCAAUGAAAAACCGUUUGGUUGUCUCUACUGUCCGCGUUUCUUCCGUCAGAGAACCAUUUUGAAUCAGCAUAUACGCAUACAUACCGGAGAGAAACCUUAUAAAUGUGCACAAUGCGGUAAAGAUUUCCGUCAGAAGGCCAUUUUGGAUCAGCACACUCGAACUCACCAGGGCGAUCGACCCUUCUGCUGUCCCAUGCCAAAUUGCCGAAGACGUUUCGCUACCGAAAACGAGGUAACCAAACACAUUGACAACCAUAUGAAUCCGAGUGCCACAAAGACACGACGAGCCAACAAUACCAACAGCAAUACAACACACUCAGCGGCUGCAGUGGCAACAGCAGCAGCUGCUGCCGCGGCCAAUCAUUUAAUGAAUGAAACCAAAAAUGCAGCCGCUCAACAGUUUCUAAACAACAACAAUCCCGUGGCGCAAGCGGGUGAAAACAAAAACAAUAUAUUACCGCGUUCGAUGGGAGGUGGAGGUGGUAAUACCGGAUCACAAGUGAAAAAUGAAUUGUACUUUCCGCAAUGUUAUGGACCACCAUUCCAGCAUCCCUUUCAGGGACAGCCACAGGCAGCUCAUGCUGGUCCCGGACAACCAUCGGUAUCGGUAAGUGUGGCAAAUUCCGUAGCUCCCGGGGUGGUGGUGCAGCAAAAUGCUGCCACUUCAGUAGUGGCUCAGUGACAUCCCCCAAAUGCGGGAACCACAGCAACAGUAACAGCGGCCGGAGGUAGUGCAAGUGCUGCUAGUAGCACAACUGCUGCAGGAGCAGCAGCUGCACAUAGUCAUCAUCAGCAACAGCAGGGAGCUCACAAUGCUAACAGCUCCGCUGGCCAAGCACCCCAAACUGUAACAUUAUCCAUAACACUACCACCUGUGGGUGGUAUGCCACCGACGGCGGCUGCUGUAGCAGCAGCAGCUACGGCCACCUCUUCGCAUCAUCAUCAGGGUCAUACAACGCACGCUCACAAUCAACCGCCGCCAGCGCAUCCACCACCCACUGGGCCACCACCUACUCUCUCCCAUGCAAUUCCUAUACAUCCACAUAUACACUCAAUAUUCGGAUCUCUAUGAUAAUAUCAACAAACUUAAGUAUACAAUGAUUUUUCUUAAAAAUUUUAAAACAUAUAUUUUAAAAACAAUUUUUAACAAAUUGAGCUAAAAGAAUACUGAAGAAAAAAAAAACACCU